AUGGAGACCCAGAACCAGAGGGAAAAGGAAAAUAAAAAGAAAUCAGAUAAUCAUCAGAGUGACACAUCUGUCAUCACACCAACAUCUUUGAAGAGAAAAGGAGAGAAACCUUACAGCUGUGACCAGUGUGGGAAAGAUUUCCGAAGGUCAAGUGACCUAAAGGUUCAUGAGCGCGUUCACCGCGGAGAGAAACCGUAUGGCUGUGAUUUCUGCGGGAAAACAUUUUCACGUCACACUCACUUAAAGAACCAUCAGAGCAUUCACUCAGGAGAGAAACCACACGGCUGUCACCUCUGUGGGAAAAGCUUUGCUCGAGCCGGGUCUUUAAGGAUCCACCAUCGCGUUCACAGUGGGGAGAAACCGUACAGCUGUGACCAAUGCGGGGCCUCGUUCGCUCACAGGGGCCACUACAUAACUCACCUGAACGUUCACACUGGAGAGAAGCAGAGCUCCUGUGGUCAGUGCGGGAAAACGUUCACCUCUGCCGCCUCCUUGAAGUACCACCUCCACAUCCACGCCGAGGAGAAACCGUACAAAUGUGAGCACUGUGGGAAGGCCUUCGUCAGGCGGAGUCCUCUGAUCCGCCACCUGCGAGUUCAGACCGGGGAGAAACCAUACUGGUGUGACUUGUGUGGAAAACAUUUUGCUCGAGGGAGUGCCAUGAUAGUCCACCGGUGUCUACACACGGGAGAGAAACCGUACUGGUGCGAACAGUGCGGGAAAACGUUUACGGCGUCGAGCGGUCUGAACUUCCACAAACGAAGUCACACUGCCGACGUUUGACUUGUUUUAGGAUU